GCCACCGAUGCCAGGAGACCGUUCUCAGAAGAAAGGCUGGGGUGGUGUGAGGCAAGAGUGCGAACGAGAUUAAAGUCCCACUGCCGAGCAACAAACAGAGGGGAUAAAGAAAAUGCUGCCGAUUACUGUAACAUGUAGGUGGAUGUGAAAGAGAAGACAAUGGAUGGCAUGGAGGAAAGAACCUUAAAUGUUAAGGAGGAGGACUGUGAAUGGGGGCCUGUACACCCUAAACAGGAAGGUCUUGGCAUUAAAGAUGAGGAAUGUGAAAUGGAGUUAAUGGGCAUUAAAGAAGAGGCUGAAGAAAAGUCUAUCAGCAUUGAGCUACACAAGUAUAAAUAUAUGGAGAGUGUCAAGGAAGAUGACAAUCACAAUGAGUAUCAAGAUGGAGUGGUGACCGGGUUAGUCCCUUCUCAAAGCAGACACUGUUCAUCUCCACAGCUGUCUAUCAAUAUGAAGUCUGAAUCAUUAGAGUCCGACACAAAGAGGACUGUGGAAAUGUCACCUGUUAGAACUCAAGAAAAUCAGCCACCACCUACAAAUAAGCCUGGAGCAAGAGUCAACCCUCACAGCUGUUCUGAUUGUGGUAAACAAUUCUGUCUCCUGACUAAUCUUAAGAGACACAUGAGAAUUCAUACAGGAGAGAAGCCAUAUUGCUGUAAUGAAUGUGGCAAACGAUUCAGUGACAGUAGUAAUCUCCGUGACCACAUUAGAUUCCACACCGGAGAGAAGUCAUAUUGCUGUAAUGAAUGUGGCAAAAAAUUCAGUAGCAGGUAUAAUCUUUGGAGCCACAAAAGAAGUCAUACUGGCGAGAAACCAUAUUGCUGUUUGGAAUGUGGCAGACAAUUCCGUGACAGAAACACCCUUAAGAGCCAUAAAACGGUUCACACAGGAGAGAAGCCAUAUAGCUGUUUGGAAUGUGGCAAACAAUUCCGUGGCAGGAGUAGUCUUCAUUGCCACAAAAGACGACACACGGGCGAGAAGCCAUAUUGCUGUUUGGAAUGUGGCAAGCAGUUCCGUGACAAAAGUACUCUUCAGAGCCACAAAACAAUUCACACUGGAGAGAAGCCGUAUUGCUGUUUGGAAUGUGGCAGACAAUUCCGUGGCAGGAGUAGUCUUCAUUGCCACAAAAGACGACACACUGGUGAGAAGCCAUAUUGCUGUUUGGAAUGUGGCAAGCAGUUCCGUGACAAAAGUACUCUUCAGAGCCACAAAACAGUUCACACUGGAGAGAAGCCGUAUUGCUGUUUGGAAUGUGGCAGACAAUUCCGUGGCAGGAACAGUCUCCAGUGCCACAAAAGAAGUCACAUGGGAGAGAAGACAUUUUGCUGUUCUGAAUGUAGCAGACGAUUUGUGCAUUUGAACAGUCUUAAGAGACACUUUAUAAUCCACACAGGAGAGAAGAAGGAAAGCCUGAAGGAGUAAGCUGGCAGGUGGAGAAGGAAGAAGUGGAGGAAAGAGUGAAGAGUAAGCUUUCUAAAUAAUGAAAUCUUCAAAAGUGCCAUCAUGUGUGGGGCUUUGUAGUGCAAGAUCCAUACCAAACAUCAUCCAAGUGAAACUACUAUUAUAGUAUGGAAAGACUAUGUAAAAGUAAUUCAUGCAGGCCAAGGAUAAAAAAAUGCCCACCCUCGGCCUUGACACUCUGGUCCAGAUGGACAAUAACAGUAAAAGAUUAAACAAUGCAGGAAAAAGCCAGGAACAAGAAGCAAUAGAAAUAGAACAAGCAAAGACCUGGCAUGAAUAGAAGAGGAAGGCCCUCAGAUUGUGUGGCAUUUAUGCCAACAUGAAAGCAUUAGCUUCUUAACUAAGUAAUAAAGCAGAAAACAGACAUAUUUGAAAAGAAAUACAGCGUGAAUUUGACAGACUUGGAAAAUCAUUUUUCUACCUAGAAAUGAAAUUUUCCUCAGACGCAGCUGAUUGUCAAAUAACAUUAUACAAACUGUAGGGAGAAGUCCUAUAAGAGCUAAAAAUGGAAGGGAUGUGUGUAAUUGUGUAUGUUUUGUUUUUUAUUUUGGUUCAUUUGUGCUACAUACUUAGAGUUAGCUGUGGUGUGUGUGUGUGUGUGUGUUUAUGUAUGAAUACUUGAUGCCCAUCAUAAUGUUUGAGAGAAAGACAUCAAGUGUGUCUCAGGAACAUUACAUUGAUAAUACAACGUAGAAUAACUUCAAUGAAAAAAGUGUAUAAUAACUUUAAGAUAGUCCAGAAUAAGUUUUACAUGUAAUGCCAUUAGGCAAGAGCAUAAUAAAUAUACUUAGAUAAAUAUGUAAAUACCUUUAAAAACUUUGGGAGGAAAUAAAAAUGCUUAAUGAAAUAAGGGUUUAAUUUAGAUUUCAAUAAGUCAAAUGGUCAUUGCAUGCUACUUGAAACAAACUGAAACUGUUUUUAUACAGCAGGCUUAAUUACCUAUAAUUAAAACAAUGAAAAUGAUCUUUGUGUUUACAUUACAUUCUUAUGUUGCAAAUCUUUAAAACUGAAGUAAAGCGUGAAAUGAUGAACAUUAACUGUUACUGUGAUGCUGACGUU